GCCAACACAAGUGUUGGCAGCAUCUUUCGAGCUGACCGCAAAAUCAAAUUUUCGAGGCACGUUCUUGCGCUCUUAACAGUGUGAUUUUUUAAAAAAACAAUUGGUGAUUAAUUAAAGUUAAAUAAUAAGUUUAUUUAAAAAACAAUAAUAAACAUGUCGGGGGAUGUUCAACCUAGAAAGCGAAAAGACAAAAGACGUAAAAAAGCGGAUGGAGAUUAUAUUAUUCAAAGGAUACGAGGUUCAAGUUUUGAUGAAGAAGAUACUGGUACGCCACCGCCAAUUUUAAUAAAUCCAUCUGAAAAUAUAGAAAAUCUUACAAUACAUAUUCAUAAAGAAAGUAGCACAGGUGGCCAUUGGUGUGCAAGGAUUUUUUUUUUUACCCUCUCUGCUAUCCUUAUUGGAUUAAUUGGCAUUAUUAUUUUUGAAUAUCGGGGAGCAACUGACGUUGAUACUCCAGUUGUUAGUUCAAAAUGGGCAAUGAUCUUCGAUGGUUGGGUAGAUGAAUCAAUUUUCCAGAAUAAUGAUCAUGACACAGAGCAUGAAGAUCAAAGUGCAGAAGAAUCUAAAGAGGAUGACGAUGAAGAUGAGGGUCUGGGUGAUGAAAGAGAUUCACAGGAAGAAGAUGAAGAUGAAAUUGAUAAAGAUGAUGAUUCAUCUGUAGAAGAAGAGGAAGAAGAGGAAGAAGAGGAGGAUGAAGAAGAAGAUGAAGAUGAAGAUGAUGAGAAGGAAGAAGAAAUUGAUUAUGAAGAAAGUGAAGAAAUAGAUAAAGAAGCAUCAAAUUCACCUGAUGAGGGUGAAAUGUUAAACAGUGAAGAAGAUCAAGAAAUGGAUAAUGAUGAGGGUUACGAAGAGGAGGAAAAUUUCGAUGAAAAUAAUAGUGAAGAUGAAAAAGAUAAUACCCAAGAAGAAGAAGAAGAAGAAGAAGAAGAAGAAGAAGAAGAUAUAUUAAAUGAUGAAGAAAAUGAGUCACAAAGUCCAAGUCUAGAAGAUGUAAAAGGUUCGGAAGAAAAAUUACUUGAUGAACCUGUUGAUGAAUUUGUUGAAAUACCUGGAGUCAGUUUAUCUAAUGAUAAUCUUAAAUCUUUAGAAGAUCCUGAUGAAAACGAUUCAGAUUUGGAUAAUGGAGAAAAGCUAGAAGAUGAAGACGAAGAGUCAUCCAGUGUGGCAGUAAAAUUGGGAGUUGGUGUUGCACUUGCCAUCGCUGCGCAUUUUGUUCUCGUGAAACGAUGGAAUAACGGUGACAAUGACAUUCCGGAAAAACUGAUUGGAAUCGACGAUUUAUCUCAUCGGCAUUCUAAUCUUUCUUCUUCUCCUCACAUUAAACAAGCGUCAAACAAAAAGUUGUCACAAGAACCAACAAGUAGAAAACAAGUACAAAAUUAUGAAGAUAUAAAAACAAAGUACAAAAAUUUUGGAUCAGAUGAUAGUAUGGAGAAUGUAGUUGUUAAAAAAGUUGUUAAUUUGCAAGCAGAAAAACUGAUAAAAUCUACAGAGGAGCCAAAGAGUCAAACUGAAACGAAAUUAGCUUUUGAUGAUGAAUACGAGGAGUCAUCGGAAGGCGAAAUUAUUACAGAUUCAGAAGAACUUGAUGAUGAGGAAGAAGAAGAAGAAGAAGAAGAAGAUGAAGAGGAGGAGGAAGAAGAGGAAGAAAUAGAAAAUAUUGAUGAUAGUGAAUUGGUGGCAAAAUUAGAAGCUAAAUAUGGAAAAUUGCCAACUCCGGAAGGAAGUGAAUGUGAGGAGGAAGAAGAAGAAGACGAUGACGAAGAAGAAGAGGAUGAAGAACCAAAAAAUAUUAAAGGGUGGAAACGUGAACGUAAUAAAAUGAAAUGACCCAUCUCUGAAAGUAUUUGAGCUUAAAUAAAAAAUUUUCGCAUCGUUUAAUCCUUCAACGUAAAUGUAGUAAAUAUAUGCAGAUAUAGGUGAUUCUACUAUAAGAGGAACCUUUAAUGUACCUGGAAGAAUCUCAUUUUUUUAGAGAAUUGAAUGGAUUUUAAUGAUUUUUAUAGAGAUAUUAUAAUUAUUGUUUAUUAGUAAUUUAGAAUAUUGUAUACGAUAAACAUUUUCUUUUAUUUGUAAACAAAACAAUUAAACAAUAAAACAUUUCCGUCGUUUGGUAACUAUUAAAAUAAAAUAGCGACUUACCCUCGAAAAUAAACCAAUCCAUUAUUUUCAAGAUAAUAUUCGAAUUGAUUGCGAUUGGUCAGACAACAUACAUACUAAUUUUUUUGCCUUGGCACAAAUUUUAAGGAUUGGUAUCUCUUAUCGCAGAAUCACCCCUAAAUGUAUAGUUUCUAGAGCCAAAAUACAAAAUCGUGUCCUAUUCACCCUAACGAUUGAUUGUACAAACUUUCAGCCUAAAUUGACUUGGUUUAUAAAUUCUUAAUAAUUCUGGGGUUGCUGCUUAUCAAUCUGGUUAUAGAUUUUUAAUAGACAAAAAUAGCAAUAUAUAUUUGGUUUAUGUAAUUAAUUAAGGUUCAUUAAAUUAUAGAUAAUAAUAAUAAGUUUUAAUGUUUAUUAUAAAUUUUAGUAACUUUAAAAUUUGUCACUCUGAUUUUCAUACAUAUAUCUUAUAGAAAAAAAGUAAACCUUUCUGUUUGGGCAUCAGUUGUAAAAAAGAAAAAGAAAAUCGAUUUUGAGCGAUGAGGCAUUUUAUUUCAAAAUGUAAGAAAAUUUUCAAAUAAAUAUUUCUUCUAUUUAAUAAAAUCACUUUCGUUAUUAUCAGUUUUGAAAGAGAAAAUUCCAAAUUUUAUAAUGGUAAAAAACUUUCAAAGGAUUUUGAGAAAUUAAUUAAAAUUUACAAGCAUUUCCGAGGUUAAAAUAUCAGAGGUUUGGAAAUAGAAUUAUUUAAAUUGAUCGACAAAAUUUUAGAAUUUUAAAAGAAUUUGUUCAGAUUUAUAAUCAGCAAUUUCAAAAAUAGAUUAUAAAAAUUAAGAAGAAACAAUACGAAUUGAAAAAUAUAUUGUUUAAUAUUUAUGAAAAUUAAAUGUUCUUUUAAUAUGUUUCAAAAUAAUUUAAAACUAUUACAAUAAAAAAUUGUAUUUUAAUUUGUUUCGUAAAAAAUAUUUUUAUCUGGACAAUGCAUUUAAUAAAUUUCAUAAUAACAAAUAUAUUCUUCAAAUUCGAAACUAAUUCAAAUGAUGUUUGCUAAGUUAUUAAGUAAGAAAUAGAAAGUGUUUCGUUUCUGAAGAAUCACCUACUUAUGAGGCCUUCUCUGAAAAAAUCCACCUCCAAUAAAUAGUUUUGGGAUUGGUUUGAUACUUUGGUAAAUUGUUGUCCUAUAUGGAAGUAACAAAAUCUCAAAAUAUAAACUUAUUUUUUAAAAAAUUAUAAAAAGUAGAGGGUAACACUGUUAUUUUCAAAUCCGUAUAACUUCUACAAAACUUUAUGGAUUUUAAUUUGUCAAUUGGGUCCCAUUUUUAUGAGCCAAAAGUUUUGAACGUUCAAAUGAAUGAAAUUUUUUUUGCAAUUUCUUUAAGUACGAAUUUUAUUACAAAAUAUUGUUUUAAAUAUCUAAAAAGAAGUUAUUAAUUUAAUAAUUGUUUAAUUUACUGUUUUAUUUUACAUUCCCAUUAUAAUUUUUAAUAAUUUAUGGAUUGAAACUACAUAUAUGUAGUUUUGUUGAAAAAAAUAUCAGAUUUCAAAAAACAAAAAACAAAACAAAAUUUUUAAGGGAGGGUAAGAGGUUAAAUAUGAAAAAUAAGAGUUAAUUUUGAAAAAAAUAGGGUUAAACAUUUUUUUGACAUUGAAAAGUACAUGCAAAACCCAACAAAAAACUAUGUUUACAAAUUAAAAUCCAUAAAGUUUUAAAACUCAGAACUUUAAUCCCCUCUACUUCUUAUAAUUUUUAAAAAAAUAAGUUUAUAUGUUGAGAUUUUGUUUCUUUUGAUAUAGGACAAUUUACCAAAGUAUCAAGCCAAUCCCAAAACUUUUUUUGGGGAUGGCUUUUUUUCAGAGAAUGCCUCAUAUAUAUAUAUGAAAUGUUUGUUCGUAGUCCAAAAAGCACUUUAUUCUAAUUAAUAUGUAUUAUACAUUUUAUUCUAAAAAAAAAAAACUCUACUCUGUCUAAUUAUUACCUAAUGUUACGAAUCAUAGCAUUAGAUUAAUGUAUAAAAAUAAAACAAUGUGUUUCGUA